AUGGCCGCAUCAAUAGAGGGUGGUGCUGGAGACAACAAGACCGCGGCCACCACGGUGGAAAAGAAGAGGCAGAGCGGUAGCGGCCGGGCAAAAAAACGUUCACAUUCGUCACAGGCAAAUGACGCUCAUCAUGGAGAAGGGGGAAAUAUUGCCCAAUCGAACGCCGCUACGGCGUCCUCCGCCGGUCUUGCGACGUCUUGCUCGGACGGAAAUGACAGAAAGCACCACCGCCGACGCCACCGCCAUCGCCACGGGUCCAAGGGUGCUACAGGGGCCACAGCCAACAAGCACAACACCCACGGCGCGGACACAGCCUCGGAUACGGAGGCUGGAGGACAAGAGGACAAGCUCAAGCUGCUCGUGGAGUUCAUACCCUAUGUGGGACUCGGCGACGCCACGCGAGACAACAUGGUACGGUCCAUACUCAGCGCUGCCGACGCGGAGGAACUUGUUGGAAGGGACGACUAUGGCAACACACUCCUUAUCCUCGCUUGUCAGUACCGGUGCAAAGCCCUCGUACCACUCAUCUUGGCGAGGGGCGGCGGCGCUAUUGACGUUGACGCGGUCAACUCUGAGGGCGCUUGCGCGCUGCACUUUGCGUGCUAUAAGGAUAGCGUUUGUGCGCAGACGGCCGUGCUAUUGUUAGAGCGCGGGGCUGAACCCGAGGUUGUGGAAAAAACCUACGGGUGCACGCCGCUGCACUAUGCAGCGGGUGCAGGGGACGUCAACCUCUGCAAGCGGCUAAUAGAGAAAGGGGCCAAGGCGAACACUUGGGAUUUGUACCAGUACACCGCCGUCGACUACGCCAAGCAGUCCGGGGCGACAGACUGUGUUGACUAUCUGGAGGAAGUUUCGGCGCCCGGGGCUAGCUCCACAGCCACCAUCAAGUUCUCCACCGGGCGUGGGGGGAUCGUGACGAGCUCGGGGGUAGAGGCAUCAUCUACCGGUUUCGUCCGCGAAGACAGCUUCGACACCGAAGACGGCGACGACUUUCGCCCACAAGGAAAUGCCACCAGUGCUAUUGCCACUGGGUGGCUGGGAAUGGUGGGGCGGCAGCCGAGCGCCUUCCACGAAGGCUUCGAAACGGGAGGGGAGGACGACGGGGAGGGCUUCUGGGGGAGGCAGUGCGACCCUGAUUCCGGGAUGGCCUACUACCUGAACGAAAAGACUGGAGAGAGCAUGUGGGAGAAGGACCUGCUAGCGCAGGCGCAGGCUCUCCGCAAGGAGGCCGGCGACGAGAAUCCCUCGCCACACCUGCAGCAGUGGCUGAGGCAGCAGACGCACAAGGCGCGCUUGAUCGCCUUCCUCGGGCGGCAUGACCCUCUCAAACUCAUGCAGGUGGACGACAUGUUGAAGCGGCGAUUAGGCGACGAGGAGACCCUGUUCAACGAACUCGCCAACCAGUACUCCGCUCAAGAAGAUCCCACCGUCACCGCUCUCGUUGAGGGGGCGGCGAGAGGAUUCCGCGACCACAAGGUUGCCGCCGCUGCCCCUACCCCACCAAUCCCAACCACACCUACCAACAACAACAACGACUCAUCAUCAUCCUCGCCACCGCUUUCACCAUCCAAAGACACAUCAGCAGUAGCGGUAGCAAUAGACUCGUUGCUCGUCGGGGGGGGAGCGGGAAGGCUGGCAGGCGGGGGGGGGAGGCCGCCAACCGCUCCGGCGCAGAAGCCGGGGAUGCGGACGGGGGCAAGAACGUCCACCACACUGCAGUCUACCCGGAGCGCGAAGGAGCUGGUGGGGACUGCCAGUUCCGGCAAGCUGGUCCCUACGGCACCGGCACAGCUGUCCCCUGAAGACUUGAAACAUCUGCAGGAACAAGCUCAAAAGCGUCUGGACGACGUGAAGGCAGCGCACGAAGAAACAAUGGAGGCUGAACGCAAGCUGCACAGGGACAAGACAGCGGAGGGGGAGGGAACCAUCGCCCGGAUGGAACACGACCUCGAAGAGGCCGCCUCGGAGGAAGAGAGGCUACGGUCAAACAUUGGGGAGCAGAGGAAGCUGGCGGAGACUCUAGAACGUCAGUUGCAAGAGAAGCUUGCGAGUCAAUCAGGGGAAGUGAAAGUCCUGUCUGAGGAAGCAGCGGCGUUGAGGAACGAGCUCAAGACAGUCGCAGAGGAAACACAGGCGCUCUCCGAUGUGGUAGACAAGGAACAGUCCGGGGCGGCCGCGGCGGCGGAAUCGAGCCGCCGAGACAUGGAAAUGAAGGCCAAGGAGGAGUCCGAUCUCGUACACGAGUGUCAGGCGUCGGUGGCGGCGGCAAAGAGCGACGCGGAACGCGCCCGGCGGGAGUUCGCGGCGCGGCGCCAAGCGGAGCAGCAGAACAUUUUGGACAGGCUUGGCGAGCAGCUCUCGCUCCUGCAAAAGGAGCUCGCCGCUGCCAAGGCCAAGGCCGCAACAGAUAUCAGUCGAGCGCAGAGCGACGCCGCCGCCGCAAUAAGCAAAGCGGAAGCCACCGCCGCGUUGGAGGCUACAGUGUCCGAGCAAAGAGAGAAGAUGAGAGCUGAGCUAGAGAGGGCGAUCUUAACAGCGGAACGGAACGGUCUGCUUCAGGGGCUUGUGAUGAGCGAGUCAGAGAGGAGAAAAAAGCUGCACAACAAGAUGGAGGAUCUCAAGGGCAAGAUUCGAGUUUACGUUCGGGUCCGGCCUUUCAGCAGCAAGGAGAAGGCCCGCGGCUGUACGGAGGCGGUAUCGGCGCAGGGCAAGUCUACCAUAGCGGUUCAAGACCCCAGGGUAAAGGAGGAGAAGACGUUCGACUUCGAUCAGGUGUGGUCGGGAACGGAGGAGCAGGGCAACAACCAAGUAAACAUCUUCAAGGACACCGGCUACCUCGUUACGUCCACCGUCGACGGUUACAAUGUCUGCAUCUUCGCGUACGGCCAGACCGGGUCCGGAAAGACGUACACCAUGUUCGGCGCGGGCGGGAUCGGCGGCGGGGUUAAUGCCAACGAAGGGGUGUGCGACGGGACCGCGGGGGUGACGCCUCGCGCGGUGCUGGAGCUCUUCCGCGUGCUCAAGGAAAGGGAGGGGCAGUACGAGUACAGCGUCAAGCUGUCCAUGUUCGAGCUGUAUCGAGACGGUCUGCGGGAUCUGCUCGCCAAAAAGGGGAGCCACACCAAGCUGGUCAUCAAGCUGGCCGAACAUAGCGGCACGGGUCUGGUGGUGGUUGAAGGGGGGGUUGAGAGAGAAGCGAACGACAUCAAGACGAUGAUCGACGUCAUUCAGCUCGGGGCAGAGGGGCGCACGGUGUCCUCGACGCAGAUGAACUCGGACAGCUCCCGGUCUCACCUCCUGUGCUCGAUCGUGGUAACCUCUACCAACCGUCGGACGGGGUCUUCCCUCCGAGGGAAGCUCACGCUGGUCGACCUCGCGGGUUCAGAGCGGGUGGGAAAGUCCGGAGCCUCGGGGGAUCAGCUCAAAGAGGCCCAGAGCAUCAACAAGUCCCUCUCGGCGCUGGGCGACGUGAUCGGGGCGCUGACGACGGGGGUCAAGCACAUCCCCUACCGCAACCACGCGCUGACCAUGAUGAUGAGCGACUCCCUGGGCGGGAACAGCAAGACUCUCAUGUUUGUCUGCGCGUCCCCCGCAGACUACAACGCCUCCGAGACUCUCAACGCCCUCCAGUUCGCCGCGCGGUGCAAGAGCGUCACUAACUCUACCGGGCCCGGCGGCGGAGGCGCGGCGGCGGCAGCGCAGGUGCAGGCCCUGAGAAGGGAGCUGCAGAAGCUUAAAGGGGGAGACGGGGGGGGCAACGAGGCCGCGAAGAAGCCUACUCAGCUCGCCCGACCGUUGUAG